AUGGCCCUAAUUGUAAUGAAUAUGCUGGCCGGAGCAUUGGGUGACAAUACAAGAGAAUAUCAUACCUGGAAGACGACAUCAAUGUCUGUAUUUGAGUCAUUCAAAUCGAAGAAGAUAGCUAUUAGUGCCGGUGUUGCAAUAGCAGGUGUCGUCACCAUCGUAGCCUUGGGUCUUGGUUUAGGAUUUGAUAAAAAUGAAAGAGUCAAUAUUAAUGGAACAAUCAACGCAAUUCGACACUGUCCUUGUGAGCAGUUAUGUAACAUCCGUGGCAAUAACUACACGUGUUCAUGUAAAGAUGGAUAUGUGCUAGACAAUGAUGGGAUACAUUGUUUAGAGAACAAUUUUACUGCCUACAAGCCACACACAACAACACUCGUAUAUAACACACAACAACCAAGUGCCAUAAUAACAACAGCAACAAAGUCGGGAAACAAUGCACGCCAAAAUGACAUGCAUAAAACCAUGUUGUCUUUAAGCUGGCUCACUACUCCACAAACUUAUAAGCCGAGUACCAUCAUGUCUCAAACUUCUUUUCCAAGUAUACACCAUACUGACAUGACUAAAACUACAAUGCCUAAACAAACUAACCCAAAAAGUACUAUUCCCCAGGUUUCUCAGUCUAGUACCUUCAUGUCCAAAACACAUUUACCGAGUAUACCUCUUCACCGCACUGAUAUGCCUGAAACUACAAUGCCCACGUUGACUAGUCCAUGGUUCACUACUCAACCUAGUACUACCAUGCCUCAAACAUCUCUUCCCAGUAUAACAAUACAGCAAACUAGCAUGGCAGAAACUACAAGGAUUAAACUAACUAACCCAAAAAGCACUAUUCCCCAGGUUUCUCAGUCUAGUAUCAUCAUGUCCCAAACACAUUUAUCGAGUAAACCUCUUCACCGCACUGAUAUGUCUGAAACCACAAUGCCCACGUUGACUAGUCCAUGGUUCACUACUCAACCUAGUACCACCAUGCCUCAAACAUCUCUUCCCAGUAUAUCAAUACAACAAACUAGCAUGACAGAAACUACAAUGCCUAAACUAACUAACCCAAAAAGUACUAUUCCCCAGGUUUCUCAGUCUAGUACCAUAAUGUCUCAAACAUCUUUACCGAGUAUACCUCUUCACCGCACUGACAUGCCCGAAACCACAAUGUCCAAGUUGACUAGUACGUGGUUUAAUACUCAACCUAGUACUACCAUGCCUCAAACAUCUCUUCCCAGUAUAUCAAUACAGCAAACUAGCAUGGCAGAAACUACAAUGCCUAAACUAACUAAGCCAAGUAGUACUACUCCCCAGGUUUCUCAGUCUAGUACCAUCAUGUCCCAAACAUUUUUACCGAGUAUAUCUCUUCACCGCACUGAUAUGCCUGAAACCACAAUGCCCACGUUGACUAGUCCAUGGUUUACUACUCAACCUAGUACUAUCAUGUCUCAAACAUCUCUUCCCAGUAUAUCAAUACAACAAUCUAGCAUGGCAGAAACUACAAUUCCUAAACUAACUAACCCAAAAAGUACUAUUCCCCAGGUUUCUCUGUCUAGUACCAUCAUGUCCCAAACACCUUUUUCGAGUAUAUCUCUUCACCGCACUGACAUGUCCGAAACCACAAUCCCUAAGUUGACUAGUCUAUGGCUUACUACAUUGCAGUCAACUCAACCUAGUACUAAUAUGCCUCAAACACCUUUUUCGAGUAUACCUCUUCAUCGCACCGACAUGCCCAAAACCACAAUGCCAGAGUUGACUAGUCCAUGGUUCACUACUCAACCUAGUACUAUCAUGUCUCAAACACCUUUUUCGAGUAUAUCUCUUCACCGCACUGACAUGCCCGAAACCACAAUGCCCAAAUUGACUAGUCCGUGGUUCACUACUCAACCUAGUACUAUCAUGUCUCAAACAUCUCUUCCCAGUAUAUCAAUACAGAAAACUAGCAUGGCAGAAACUACAAUGUCUAAACGAACUAACCCAAAAAGUACCAUCCCCCAGGUUUCUCAAUCUAGUACCAUCAUGUCCCAAACCACUUUACCGAGUAUACCUCUUCACCGCACUGACAUGCCCGAAACCACCAUGUCCAAGUUGACUAGUCCAUGGUUUACUACUCGACCUAGUACUAUCAUGCCUCAAACAUCUCUUCCCAGGAUACCUGGUCACAAAACUGAUAUAGCUAAAAGUACGACUCCUAAGAUAACACAUACGUGGAUAACCACUCCACUGAAUACACAUCUUAGUACCUCCAUUCCCCUAACAUCUCCAACGAGUAUGCAUGUACAACAAACUGACAUGACCGAAACCACAAAGCCUAAGACGACAAAUUUUCAAUCAGCGUGGUCUACCCUGCAAACAACUCAGCAGAGUUUAAUGGCGCUUAGCACAGAGCAAGCAAGUUCUACUUCUAUUCAAACACCACUUACCCGCAUCAACCAAUCAAACACAGAGACAAAUACAGUGUCAACACCUAUUCCAUUGACAAUGACUACUUGGCCGACUACCAAAACACAACCUGGUACUAAUCCGUCUGAAGCGUCCACAGCAACAACUACGAUUCUUCGAACAACACCAAUGAGUAUAACCAGAGGUAGAACUAGUUUGCUGACAGAUGCAAGAUCCUCUGCAUAUUCUACAAGCAUAUUGCCACAAACAACUACAUUUUGGACUUUCUUUUCUCGAAUAACUACACCUGAAAUGUCGACCCCUACACCAUACAGGAAUAAGAUAAAUGGCACUGACUUAUACGCAACUACUAAGGGCGUUACCAGAUCUGUAACGGCAGACGAAUUGAACCUAACAACAUUCGCCAGUAAGUGA